CCGCCACCACCACCGUCCAUCACGAGCCUCCAGGUCCAAGUCCACCACUGUCCCCGCUCUCUCUCACGCUAGCUCUCUUCUUAUAAACCGGCCGCCACAUGGUUGCGGCCGGCAUUGCGCGCAUACCACCGUCCCGACCUCCAUCGAGCUCCUCCACUCCACCUGAAUCCAUCAAGCAACCCUACUCAUCUCCUGAUCGAUCGACCAUCUUGCUCCAUCGCCGGCUGCUGCUGCUGCAAUGGCGGCAACGACUCGCGGGCUGAUGCUCAACAUCUCCUGCCUCCUCCUCUUUCUGGGCUCGCUCCUCCCGGGUGCAUUGUCCACUACGUUCACGCUGACCAACUCCUGCGCCUACACGGUGUGGCCGGGCCUCCUGUCCGGCUCGGGCACGCCGGCGCUACCCACCACGGGCUUCGCGCUGGCGCCGGGGGAGUCGCGCGCCGUGGAAGCGCCCUCGGCGUGGUCGGGCCGCAUGUGGGGCCGCACCUUCUGCGGCACGGGCGCCGACGGGCGGUUCGCCUGCGCCACCUGCGACUGCGGCUCGGGCGCCGUGGAGUGCGCCGGCGGGGGCGCGGCGCCACCCUGCUCGCUCGCGGAGUUCACCCUCGACGGCUCCGGCAGCAAAGACUUCUACGACGUGAGCCUCGUGGACGGCUCUAACAUCCCCGUGGCCGUGCUCCCGCAGGGCGGCAGCGGAGAGGGGUGCGGCGCCACGGGGUGCCUGGCGGACCUGAACGGGCCGUGCCCGGCCGACCUGCGGGUGGCCGGGCCCGACGGCGCCGGCAUCGCCUGCAAGAGCGCGUGCGAGGCGUUCGGGCGGCCCGAGGACUGCUGCAGCGGCGCGUUCGCCGGCGGGCCCGAGGCGUGCCGCCCGUCGGCCUACUCCAUGUUCUUCAAGAACGCGUGCCCGCGCUCAUACAGCUACGCGUACGACGACGCCACCUCCACCUUCACUUGCGCCUCCGGCACCGCCGCCUACCUCGUCGUCUUCUGCCCCGCCGCCAUGUCCAGCCUCAAGUCGUCCGUCGUGAGCACAAGCACGAGCACCACGCCGGCGCUGCCCCACGUCAACGACACCGUCUCCUACCUGGGCCGUAGCCGCGACGCCGGCAGCGGCAGCGGGUGGCAGUACGCGCGGAGCUCGAGCCAGGCGUCGUCUUCAGCGCCGAGCCCCUUCGCCAUCGCGGCGGUCGCCGCGCUCACGUGGCUCUGCGGCAGCAGCGCCGGGCGCCACUGGCCGCUACUGUCUCCGUCCUAGCUAGCUAGCGCCAUGCAUGCCAGCACACGGCACGGCACCGCCCGGCGAGGUGCAUGCAAUGCAACGCAACAGCCACAUGCAGAUGGAGCCGACAGUUUGACCUCGCCUCGGGCCGUAGUGGUAGCAUCACCUGUAUAGAUUAUUGUAGCGAGUCUGAUUUAGCAAGCAAGCAAGCAACGCGGUGGAGAAAUUUUUUUGAAUCGAGCCGCCACCCAGAUCGCAGCAACCAGCUCGCCAUUUGUACUUUUUUACUACUCGUAUCAGAUUGGAGGAGAGAAGGGGACAUAGGCCAGGUGGGCCGGUACCUUCAUCACAUGGUCGACCAUGAGCUCUGCAGGCAGCACACUGCAGAACCCAGAUGUGGGCGACGUUCCCCAUCUCGAGACAGACGUGACAUCAUCGGGGUCACGAGGGAUCAGUGCAAAGGUGGCCGGCCUUGUUGGCUACUGCUUGUCCGUCAGGUCAGGUCAGGUGGUGCCAAAUUGCCAGUUAGCACGCGCAGCUGCACUGUGGGAGCUUCAGUCGCGCAUGUGUCUACUUGCAAAAAGGAAGAACCAUAUGUGUCCUCCGGCUCUAGCUAGAUAGAUUCUGGUGAAUCUUGGCCCAAAGUUGCAUGUUGCUCCAUCUUUUUUUUCGUACGCAUCUUCUUCUUCUUCUUUUGAUCUGUUUUGUAAUCCAAGAUCCUAUAUGUUUUGAUUAGAUUCUUGUGGAGCCCCUUGUCGGCUCCAAAUGUGGCACUCGCAGAUCCCCUGCAACUUGGCCUCGCUACCUCCACAGCAACAUUAUAA